AUGGCUUCCCAGACUCCGGCCGUUGUCAUGGACAACGGUACCGGUUAUUCCAAGCUUGGUUUCGCCGGUAACGACUCGCCCUCUUUCGUCUUUCCCACCGCAAUUGCGACCAAAGCUGGUGCCGGAAGCGCUGGCUCCUCCGCUGCCGGUAGACCUCCUGUUGCGAACAAACCGUCCUUCCUAGCUAGCGGUGGUGGGGCAGGCUCCCAUCUAUCCGCGAAGCGUGGUACAGAGGACUUGGACUUCUUCAUUGGCGAUGAAGCUCUGGCAGCGGCCAACGGGCCCGGUUAUGCGAUCAACUACCCCAUUCGCCAUGGUCAGAUUGAGAACUGGGAUCACAUGGAGCGGUUCUGGUCGAAUUCCAUCUUUAAGUACUUGCGCGUCGAGCCGGAGGACCACUACUUCCUCCUCACCGAGCCGCCCUUGAACCCCCCGGAGAACCGUGAGAACACCGCCGAGAUCAUGUUCGAGUCUUUCAACUGUGCCGGUCUAUACAUUGCCGUCCAGGCUGUGUUGGCCCUUGCUGCCUCGUGGACCUCCUCGAAGGUGACCGACCGCUCUCUCACCGGAACGGUCAUCGAUUCCGGUGACGGUGUCACACACGUUAUUCCCGUCGCCGAAGGCUACGUCAUCGGAUCAUCUAUCAAGAGUAUACCCAUUGCCGGUCGCGAUAUCACCUACUUUGUCCAGAGCUUGCUCCGUGACCGCGGUGAGCCGGAUAGCAGCCUGAAGACGGCUGAGAAGGUCAAGGAAGAGUACUGCUACGUGUGCCCCGACAUCGUCAAGGAAUUCGCCCGCUACGACCGUGAGCCGGACCGCCUGCUUAAGCACACCGUGACUUCGCCCAACGGCCGGACCGUGAGCAUCGAUGUGGGCUACGAACGUUUCCUGGCGCCCGAGAUCUUCUUCAACCCCGAGAUUUAUUCCUCGGACUUUUUGACCCCCCUGCCUAAUGUCGUCGACGGCGUGAUCCAGUCUUCCCCCAUCGAUGUGAGAAGGGGUCUUUACAAGAACAUUGUGUUGUCCGGUGGAUCUACGCUGUACAAGGACUUUGGACGGCGUCUUCAGCGUGACAUCCGUCAUCUGGUGGAUGCACGCAUUCGGGCGUCGGAGGCGCGCAGCGGAGGCGCCAGAAGUGGUGGACUGGACGUGGCGGUUGUGACACACAAGAGACAGCGCCAUGGACCGUGGUUCGGAGGUAGCUUGCUCGGACAGACGCCGGAGUUCCGCAGUUACUGCCACACCAAGGCAGAGUACGACGAGAUUGGUCCUAGUAUUGUGCGCCGCUUUGCGCUGUUGGGAGGCCCUGGCAGUUCGUAA